AUGUCAUCUAUUCGAGUGGUCUGUAGAUUCAGACCUCAGAACAAGAUUGAAUUGGCUCAAGGUGGUUGUUCAGUUGUAGAUGUUGCCGACGAUCAAACAGUUACUAUAAAGGGUAAUGAAUCGAAUCACACAUUUACAUUCGAUAGAAUCUACACAGAGAAGAACUCACAGAAAGAUGUAUAUGAUGACGCUGCCAAGCCAGUAAUCGAAGAUAUCAUGCAAGGUUACAAUGGUACCAUUUUUGUAUAUGGUCAAACAUCUUCUGGUAAAACUCAUACAAUGCAAGGACCUUCUAUUGAUGAUGCAGAGUUGAAAGGUGUCAUUCCAAGAAUGAUCAAUACAGUGUUUGAUUGUAUUACUAAAGCGGAUGAGAAUAUAGAGUUCAUUGUCAAAGCAUCAUAUAUCGAAAUCUACAUGGAGAGAAUUCGUGAUCUUUUGGAUGUUCGUAAGGAUAAUCUAAAGGUUCGUGAGGAAAAGGGUAAAGGUGUAUGGGUUGACGGUACAACUGAAGUUUACAUCUACAGAGAAGAUGAUAUCCUAGAGGUAAUGCGUGCAGGUCAAGCCAACAGAGCAAUUGCAGAGACAAAGAUGAAUGCAGAAUCAUCUAGAUCACAUAGUAUUUUCAUUUUGACUAUACAACAAAAGAAUUUAAAGGAGGGAUCGAAUAAGAGUGGAAAGUUAUACCUGGUGGAUUUGGCGGGUUCCGAAAAGAUUGCCAAGACAGGUGCACAGGGAUUGACUCUUGACGAAGCGAAAAUGAUUAAUAAAUCGCUGUCGUCACUCGGUAAUGUUAUCAAUGCGCUGACCGAUGGCAAGUCGACGCACAUUCCCUACAGAGAUUCAAAGCUGACAAGAGUACUGCAAGAGUCACUCGGUGGUAACUCGCGAACUACACUGAUCAUCAAUUGUUCACCGAGUAGCUACAACGAGACUGAAACACUCUCAACUCUCCGUUUCGGUAAUCGUGCCAAGUCCAUCAAGAACAAAGCAAAGAUCAAUCAAGAGCGUUCCGCUGCCGAACUGAAAAUCCUACUAUCGAAAGCAGAGAAAGAGAUUGAAAGUCUAAAAGAUUAUAUUAAGGAGUUAGAAACUGUAUCUGGUGUACCACAUUCCAAAAUUGGAAAUAAUUUGGAUACUGAUAAAUCAGCUGAUGUACAGGGUUUGAAAGAGAAAUGUAUACAAUUGGAGAAAUUGUUGUUCCAAAAGGAAGAGGAAAAGAAAGAGUUAUCUGAACAACUGGAUACCAUUUCCAUUCAACUUCAAGACAAGGAACAGGAAUUGGAAACUCAAACGCAUCAAGUAACUUCAUUAAAAGAUGAAGCAAGUAAAUAUGUUUCUUUAUCAAAUGAAAAUGAUAUUCUAAGUGCACAAUUAACAGAGAUUAAAUUAUUGUUGGAAAAGAAGAAUUAUGAAUCGGUGGAGCAAACUUUGGUAAUAGAAGAGUUGAGUGCAGAGAAUGCAUCGAUUAAAUCACAGUUGCAAGAAAAGAUCGAGUCUUCAAAGGGUGUCGGUGGUAUCGGUGACCAUUACACACCUUCACCACCAAUUAGAUCGGCAAUCAGUGAGGUCGAGAAACACAAUGACGAAUGGGCAGAGAAAGAGGAACAAUUGAAACUUCUCCAAAAGACACCUUCAAAAGCAAAACAACCAAGUAAAUCAUCACCAAGUGUUUUACCACUUUCAAGUCUAUCGAUUACUAGCAACAACAAUAGCACCGAGCUUAUCGAAGAGAAUGAACUCUUGAAAAAGAAGUUAGAAGAGUUACAAUCUCAAAUAGAUUCACUCAACAACAACAACAAUAAUAAUAAUAAUCAAGUAGAUUCAACAGAUAAUUCAUCUAAAUUAGAAGAAUUAAUUGAUGAUGAUAAUAAUGAUACUACUUCCAAUCCAGUUAUUUCUCUUACAGAUGUCGAUAAUAAUAAGAAUAAUAAUAAUAGUUCAUUAGAUGAGAUUCCAUCAGAGAUGAUGUUCCAAGCUGAGCAAUUGAGGAAGCUGCUCAAUGAAAACAGUGAACAGAAAUCAACGUUGGACACUCUCAAGAAUGAGAAUAAGCGAUUGAAUGCCAAGUUGAACAAUAUCGAGGAGGAGAUGAGACAACGUAUGGAAGAGGAACUCAAUAUGCUAAGAGAGCAGACCAACCAGAAGCUCUCAGAGUUUGGUUCACUCAAAGAGUCGUUGCUUCGUGACCUCGAGAAUCGUUGUCAAAAGGUCAUCGAUUUGGAGUUGGUACUCGAUGAGUUCCAAGACAGAAACGCCACCUUGACAGAGCGUCUCAAACGUACAUCAAAGAUGAAUGGUGAACAAGAAAACUCGCUGGUUCAAUUGAAACUCGACGAAAUGACAUCAGUCAAACAUCAACUCUCCAUUGAAAACAACAAACUGAAACAAGAAACACAACGUUGUAACAAACAAUUGACAUUGAGAAACGAACAUAUCCUUAGACUUGAAGAUACACUAAAAGAAUCUCAAGAAAGAUUCUAUAAAUUAGCAUUAAAUCAUGAUUCAUUAAAUAAUGAAUUGAAUAAAUACAAGUCAAUGGAGAGUGAUAAGAAGAAUCCUCUGGCGCCUUCCGAUGGUGCGAGAAUAGUUAGACCACUGAGAGGUGGAGGUGGCGGUGGUGCUGCAGGUGGACCAUCUACUCCACAAAAACAGGCACUCUCAUCGAAUCUCUAUGCCAAUACCAACAAGAGUUCAAAGGAGGUUCCAUCGCCAUUGGCCAUCUCACAGCAUGCCGCCAGUGGCAGUGCUUCACCCAACGGAGCAUCGUCUUCCAAUCCAAAGCUGACCGCCGAAAAGAGUAGUUCAUCGCUGUGGGAUCUCUUUAGAAAGAAACAAACUUCACCACUACAGAGCAGUAGUAAUAGCAAUCCAAACACUCAGCCAUCGACACCUGGCAAUCAAUCGCCGAACGGUGGUGGUGGAUCGUCGACCUCACACUCACCGAUUCCACUCUCACUCAACAAUUCAUAUACACCGGCUGUACCAACAACUCCAUCUCCCUCACUGACAAGUCCACAACAACAAUCUCCACCAGCAACACCAUCCACUUCAACAACACCUCCACAAUCAUCAUAA